AUGUAUUGUCAAUGGAAACAAUUGCAAAUUGACGCAUCUGGACUUGGAUGGAAUGCUAAGCUAGGAACCAUUGAUGCUGAUACUGAUUGGUGGAACACUCACCUAAUGAAACACCCAGAGCAUGCAAAGUAUAGGAAUGCAGGACCACCCAACUUGGCUGAAAUGGACCUCAUGUUUGAUGACCGUCAUGUCACCGGUGCCGAGUCCGCUAUCCCCGGUGAGAUACCAUUGGACAAGGAGGAAGUCACUAUUGACGAUGACUCUGAUAGUGCAGAGGAUGAUGAAGAAGUCAUCAAAGCAAAACCAAAGAAGCAGCGCAAGACCAAGUCCUGUAAAGAUGAUUUUUCUGCUCUAGAUGAGAAGAACCCAUUUGUUCGGAUGUACAAGAAGGCUAGUGAUGCGAUAUGUGUAACGGCUGAAAGUAUAAAAGAAGCAUCUAGCUCCAGCAAGGCUCAUCCUCCCCCUUCUCCUCCGGUUGCUCCUGCCCCUCCUCCUCCGGUUGGCCCUAGUAUGAAUGAGGCAAUGGAGAUGGUUCGUGACUGUGGAGUUGAGGAAGGAACUCCUCUCUUUUUCUCUUCCAGCAUGCUUUUUAUGAAGCCUGAGUAUAGAGAAAUGUUUGCGUCGGUUCAGACCAAGGAAGGAAGGUUUGAUUGGCUCGAGAGAGCGCAUGAUUAUGCUAUGUAA